AUGGCGCACCAAAACGGUGGAAACACGGUCUUGCUGACCGAGGAAGAGGCCCAGCGCAUUCGGACCACUGUGCAAGAAACACAAAAGAAAUGCUCAACGCAAAAGGGCAACACCAGAGAGUUUCGGGAUGCUCACGCUACCGUUAGCCAGGCGACGGGAACCUCUCUCAUGAUGGACAUGGGUCAAAUGAGUGGCCAGGGUCAAGAGGACACAAUCCCAGCACUUGGUGUUGGACAGGCAUACCCACCAAGCAUCGCCUCUUUGGAAGAGCUAAAGCCUAUGUCGUUUUCGGAACUCACAUUAGAGACACAUCACCGUGGUCGUUCUUUGACAGUACAGCGUGCGAGGCGCUGUCCGGUGGUGGCGCUUGCUGUUCGCUCAUGGACUGUCGUUCAAGACGAGAAGGAGAAGGAGACCGAGCGCUUGGAGAUUGUGUUGCAUAAGACAACAGACGGCGAAGAUACCCUUGAGUCGGCACGGCGUUUCAUCAUCAAGGAGCCCUAUUUUACCCUGACGGAAGAGGGCGAGGCUACACUUCGGAUCGAUCACCCCUCAGACCUCGUCAUUAUCAAUGAGGAGAUCGUGAAAGGCAGCUUGACCGAGAUCGAAGAUGGAACUAAAGGGGAUGAGAUCGCGAGGAAGUGUAAGGAUAAGGGAAACGCGGCACUACAGAAGAAGGACCUCCCUCUCACUCGAACAAGUUACACUCAAGGAAUCAAGGUUGCCAGGCAAGGGCCUGUUCAGAAAACGAACCCUGAUAUCGUACGAGACAUUGCGCGGAACCGAGCUCAUUCACAUCUCCUUAUGGACCGACAAGACGAAGCCAUCGCCGACGCUAAAGCCUCUCUCAUCGGGGCCGACGACCAGAAAUCCAAGGAACUCGACAGCAAAGCCUACUUCCGCGCCGGUAGCGGUGCUUACAACCUGGGCCAGUUCGAAGGGGCCAAGAAGUACUUUGAGAAAGCCCACGAACUCGCGCCCGCGGAGAGAGGCGCUGCCGUCUAUCUGCGCAAGGUGGAGAUGCGACUUCGCGAGCAGGAAAAGGGGUCGUAUGACCUGCAAAAGAUUAGGGCCAACCUGACUAGAGUCUCACCACGGGCCGAUGCGGCAACCUUCACAGCCAAGACUGAGGUCAAGGACAGUAAGGGAAGAGGACGUGGCUUGUUUGCGACCUGCGAUAUUGCUGCUGGGGAGAUCGUUAUGGUCGAGAAGGCUUUCUGCGUUGUCUGGGGCCAUGAGAGCGAGGUUUUGACCGCGAUGACUUACGAUGUCCGCGACGACAAGAUCAGAGUGGCACCCGUCGGCUUGACUAAGGCCAUCUCGCAGAAGCUUCUAAGGAAUCCUUCCCAGAUCGCAAAGGUGCUGGAUCUCUACGGGGAUUAUCAGGGCGAGGGCAAGGCUGCGUCCGAGACGCCAGAAGGCCCAGUAGUCGACGUUUUCCGGAUCCACGACAUCGUCUGUCGCAACGCCUUUGGACCCGGUGGCCAGUACGGAGAAGAAGGCGCCAGGAAUGCAAGCACCGGUCUCUGGGUCUGGGCAGCGUACAUCAACCACUCCUGCAUCGCCAACGCCAAGAAGGACUAUGUCGGCGACCUGAUGGUCCUUCGCGCGCUUCGACCUAUCGCCAAGGGCGAGGAAAUCUUGCACAGCUACGACGAGUCGAGCAACUACGAGGCGAGACAGAAGGCUCUUAUGACGACGUGGGGCUUUGAGUGUAGCUGCGCACUCUGCGCUGGUGAGAAGACCGACGACGCUAAGUUGCGCCAGAAGCGGCAAAUGCUACUCAACGACGCGGAUGACUUCGUUUCGACAACACACUGGACUAACGCGAAGAGAAUCACCAUUGCCAAGGCUCAGCGCCUGGCUAAAGAAAUCGACGCGACAUACGAAGAUAAGAAGUACGAGGGCGUUCCUCGUCUUGCGUCAGAGAAAGUCCGGGAAUGGCUCACAAAGGCAGCUCCUCGCAAGUGA